CUGCACUAGAGAAGCUAAACAAGAUCAUCUCGUGAAGAUUUUGAUUUCGGAGAUGGCGAAGAGUGUCCUCUUGAUUUGUUUCUUGGGUGUUUUGUUCACUUUUGGAGCAGCUGAUCAUAGUCCUCUGCAAGAUUUCUGUGUCGCUCAAGCUGGCAGUGCAGUGCUUGUGAAUGGCCUGGCCUGCAAGGACCCCAAGACGGUUCAGGCAAAUGACUUCUCCUUCAGUGGGCUCCAUCUUCCGGGUGACACAUCCAAUGCGGUCGGCUCGAGGGUUACCCCGGUGUUCGCUGCUCAGCUCCCGGGGCUCAACACUCUCGGCAUCUCCUUGGCCCGUGUCGAUUAUGCACCGUGGGGAGUCAACCCACCCCACAUUCAUCCCCGUGCCAGUCAGAUUUUGGUUGUCUUGGAAGGGACCCUCGAAGUAGGGUUCAUCACCUCCAACCCCGAUAAUCGCCUCAUCUCCAAGGUCUUGCAAAAGGGUGAUGUGUUUGUCUUCCCUCAGGGCCUUGUCCAUUUCGAGAGAAAUGCUGGUACCGUAAAUGCCGUUGCUAUUGCAGCUCUUGGUAGCCAAAACCCGGGUGUCAUCACCGUCACGAAUGCGGUGUUUGGGUCAACUCCGGAUAUUGCCAUGGAUAUUCUUGCCAAAGCAUUCCAAGUUGAUAAGAAUAUCGUUGGCCAAAUUCAAUCUAAGUUCUAGGGAAGAUAAUAACAGAGUUCUGGUAAUUAGUCGUUUGCAAUUGCGACAAGCAUUAGUUUGUUUGUAAGCUUGUGUUGGUUCAUGUAUGUUUGUAAGCUUGUGUUGGGUCAUGUAUCUGUGGAAAUUCAAUUUUUCAAUGUAUUAAUUUGCUUUGUCUUCUCCUUGGGUUAUUUAUAGCAAUCAAGUUUGCUAAAUAAACGUGUUUUUGUUUUGUUUUAA